CCUCGUCAAUAAGUCCAGUGAUUCCAAUUUCCAAUCUGGCAUUCUGCUUCUCUCCCCCGCAAAAGCUUCGAAAACAUUCUCUCUCUCUCUCUCUGACUUCAGCUCAAAUUUUCUUUUCUUUUCUUUUCCACAUUCAUUCAAACCGACUUUCUUCAGACCAUUAAAAGCAGUCUCUCACCUACAUUUUUCUUGUUCAAUCUCUCUCUCAACUGUAAAUAGUUAGGAACAGAACAGAGCAUCCAUGGCUGCCAACAAGUUCGCAACCAUGUUGAGUAGAAACACACACAAGAUCACUGUAAUUCUCGUCUAUGCAGUUCUUGAAUGGAUUCUGAUAUUCCUCCUCCUCGCAAACUCUUUGUUUUCUUAUUUGAUUGCCAAAUUCGCCAACUACUUUGGCCUUAAACCUCCCUGUCUAUGGUGUUCCAGAGUUGAUCAUGUCUUCGAGCCUGGAAAAAGAUGUAGCUUUUAUAGAGAUCUUGUUUGUGAGAGCCACGCCUCUGAGAUUUCCAAACUGGGUUACUGUUCCAAUCAUCGGAAGUUGGCUGAAGCGCAGCAAAUGUGCGAGGAAUGCUCGUCUUCUCGGCCGAAUUGUCAUGGGAAGUCGAUCGAUAUCGGGCGACGGAUCGCUUUCUUUUCUUGGUUGAAGGAUAUGGAUGUGAUCUCGAGUGAUGGUGAGAAGAAGGUUGAGAAUGGUGAGAAGAUUUCGAGGUGUUCGUGCUGUGAUGUGAGCAUGAGCGGCAAACUUUACUCCCCCUAUUUGCUGUUUCAGCCUUCAUGGGGUGUUUUGGAUUAUGCCCAGAAAGGAAAUUUGAUUACUGCUGCCAACGGUGAGGAUCACGAUGGAGGUGAGUACUCGGAUCCAUGUAAAUCUGAUUGCCAGACUGAUCGCUGCUGCGACGAUGAACAUGACAGGGGAGAAAGAGAAGAUGAUGGUAGAUUGGAUGAUGAACAUCGUCUGCUUUCUGAUUUAGAUGAAGUUGUUGAAAGAAGAGAAAAGGAGCUAGAAGAAGACUGCUUGAGGUCUCCAUCAAGCAUAAGAAUCGAAGAAAUAGUAGGAUAUGAAGACGAGAAAGUGGGCGCUGUUAGAAUAAAAGAGCAAGAGCCACCGGAGGAUGAGAAUUCAAGUAUGUGUGUAGAAGGUAUAAAUGCUGUUCUUCAAUCUUCUGAUGACAUUAUUUUUGAAGCUCGUCAUAGAGAAGAUGCAUCUAUUGAAAUCAUCUCUCUACGUUUGGAGAAUAUCAAUGAUAUCGAUGACCACCGCCUGGUUCCAAUCGAAUUGAUCGAUUCUAUGACUGAUGAUAACCAAACCUUAUAUGGAUAUAAAGAGGAAGAUCAGAACAAGCAUGAUCAUCCAGAAGGACUGUUGGAUACUGAAUUGCCUAUUGAGACGCAAACGGAAUCAGUUGUUGACAAGGAAGACAUUAUAGCAGAGGAAUCAGCUGUGCUUUUGGCCGAGGGGAGCGAGGAGAAAACAAGUCCUAUGGAGCUUCAAUCCAUGAAACUGGCGGAAAUUGAGAACUGUUCCGCUUUAAACAUUGAUGAAUGCCAAGGAGAUUUAGUCGGUGAGGUAUGUGAGCAGGUUACCAUUGCUCGAGAAGUAAAGGAACCAAUCGAUAUUCCAGCAUCUGAAGAAACUAGUUCUAAAUUGUUGGAUAAUGGGACUAUAUCAGAGAUCCCAAUAGAGACAGAUAUGCCUGAUCAGCAACCUAAUGAUCUGCCUCAAGUUCAUGAACCUGUUACUAUAAUCCCAUGCCUGCCAGAAGAGCACUUCUCCAAUAAUUACAGCAAUGCUGGAAAUUCUGCAAUCUCUGAUACGUUGAUGGCAGAUGAUGGCCAAGAUUCCAAGCAAGCUGAGGAAGCCACCAUAGAAAGCAAAACCAUAUCUGUUGACAGAACUGAACAAGGAAUAAACCAUCAUUUGUCCUUAUCCUUAGAGCUUAAUGAGGUUGAGGAAGAGAAAGCACCUGAAACACCCGGUUAUGUUGAAGGCAUCCACCAGAUACAUAAAAAAUUGCUACUGUUAGAGAAAAAGGAAUCUGGGACAGAGGAUUCUCUGGAUGGAAGUGUCAAUAGUGAUUUUGAAAUUGGUGAGGGGGUUCUGACUGUUGAACGCCUGAAAACAGCACUCAAAGCAGAGCGCAGGGUUCUGAAGACUUUAUAUGCAGAGCUAGAAGAAGAGAGGAGUGCUUCUGCAAUAGCUGCUAAUCAGACAAUGGCAAUGAUAACUAGGCUUCAGGAGGAGAAAGCUGCAAUGCAGAUGGAAGCAUUGCAGUACCAGAGAAUGAUGGAAGAACAAUCCGAGUAUGACCAAGAGGCUUUACAACUUUUAAACGAGCUUAUGGUCAAGAGGGAAAAGGAAAAACAAGACCUGGAAAAAGAGUUGGAAGUUUAUCGCAAGAAGGUCCUUGAUUAUGAGGCAAAAGAGAAAAGAAGGCUGAGAAGGAAGGACAGUAGUGGAAGGAGCAGAGCCUCAUCCUUUUCUUCCAGCAAUGCUGAGGACAGUGAUGAUCUCUCUAUUGAUCACCACGGAAUUAGGGAUGAAUAUAGCUGCUUAUAUGGUCAUCAGGAAAGCAGCAAUAAUUGUACUCCUGUUGAUGCAGUUCUAGAUUUGGAGGAUGUGGGUAUAGAAUGUGCCAAGCAUUUGAGUACUCUUGAUGAAUCACUAGCUGAAUUUGAGGAAGAGAGGCUCUUAAUUCUAGAGCAGCUCAAGGUACUUGAAGAGAAACUAUUUGCAUUAGCAGAUGAAGAGGAAGAGUUCUUUGAAGAUGUGAAACUAAUUGAUCAUUUUCCAAAAGAGAACGGCAAAGAGUUGAAUGUGAAUUCUGAUGUUAGCAAUGAGGAAGUAAAUAGACUUGAAAAUGGUUUCUUCGAGGAAUUUGACACAAAAUAUUAUCAAGAGAGAAGAGACAUUGGCAGUAAAGCAAAGACGCUCCUUCCUCUUUUUGAUGCUAUUUCUAUAGAAAAUGAAGAUGGGAUAAUGGAUGAAGAACAAGGAGGAUCUGAUUCCAUUGUCUUGCAAACUUCAUCAUCUGCCAAGCUCGCAUUGGAGAACAAGAAGCAUGCCAUUGAAGAGGAGGUGGAAAAUGUAUAUGAAAGGCUACAAGCUCUUGAGGCAGAUAGAGAAUUUUUGAAACAUUGUAUUAGCUCCUUGAAGAAAGGAGACAAGGGGAUGCAUCUUCUCCAGGAGAUUCUGCAACACCUUCGUGAUCUGAGGACUGUGGAGCUCCGUGUAAGGAAUAUGGGUGAUAGUGCUGUAGCAUGAGUUUCUGAUCAACCAUUUUGAACAGGUAUAUAAUAGAUCAAUUUCCCAAGGUAUAGUGCAUAGUGGGAUGAGCACUUCUGUGAUGAUGAUGAUAUGGAGAAAGAUGCUUACAAAUUUCGCGCCUUUUAUGGCUAGCAUGGGAAGUCCCCUUGAAGGAGAGGGAGGCUUCUGUUAUGGUUUGCUGAUAUUGAUCCAUGAGCAGCAGGCAAGAAAAAUGAAGCCUGCCUACUUUUUCUUCUCUUUUUGGUGUCCAUCCAAGUCAACCCAAGUUUUUGCGGGUUGUGCUCAUCACCACCUUUUGCAGGGAAGGGUGCAGCAUGAGGAGGCAGGGAGGUAAUCAUGCAUCUGUGUGAGUGUAGGUUAGUCAGGUCAGGCCACCCUGUCAUCGAACGUGUGAGAAAUCCUGGCUCUAAAAGCCAAUAGACAUAAUAGAAACUCUGAUGCCAGGUAGACAGCUUUAGUUUUUACAAAGUUAGGGACUAGCACAUUUCCUUUUUCUUUUUCUUUUCACUUUUUAUUUUUUAGGGAAAGGGUAAGGGGAGCCAUCCUUCUUUCUCAUCUUUGCAUCAUUUCAUCAUUUGUGUCUUGACUAGUUGGAGGUCUAGUCGGAUUUAUCUGUACAAACAUGUACCCUUUUGUAUCUAUAUAAGUGAGUAUUUGUUGUUA